GGUAGACUGUCACUGUAGACAGAUUUAAUAGAAAAAAGUUGAAAGUAGUUCCAUCUAAAAAAAAAAACGAAAUACUUUGUACAUGUGUUUAAUUUCUUCAGACUUUCAGCGAAGAUCUGAAGUGCUGCUCCAAUUCUAAAUGUCGGCCAUAAGAGACUUUUUCUCACAUUUUGCUUUCCAUUGUCUGAAUGAAUUACAACAGUAUUCUGAUGCACAAUGCCCAUAUAUUUUCAUUGCUCUUAAAGCCAUUGUGUUACCAACAGCCUUUCUGUUUUUCUUUAGAUUAAUUUUAUCAACUAUUUUCAUUGCUUUCUUGCUUAAAAAUAAUAGAUAUAACUCAAGUUUUGUAGCGUUUUAUGGUAGAUGAUUGAUAACUGCGAUUACGUCGUAUAUUUGAGUGAACGAUUCUGAACGCUUCAUGAAUUCAGGUUUGUUUCAAUAUAAACCAGGACUGUUUUGCUAAGCCAAACAAAACUUUCCUGCAGACUUUAUUUAUGUUGAAAUCUUCAGUCAAGAUCGAAGUUAUGUAAUGUUAACCUCGUGACGCCAAAGUCAUGAGGUUACGAUGGUGCUGACGCUCAGCAUAUUUAUCAAGUUUGAUUUAUUUAUAUAGAUGUGCUUUUCAUUGUUGCAUUACAGCAUAAGUUAAUAUAUAAAUUUCCCCUAUAUCAGUUGAGGCUCAAACAAACUCAAGUCAAGACAUUUCUUCAGUUAGUUUCAAGAUUGAACAUUUCAGCAAGUUUGAAUCGAAUGAACUUUUCAAAUCUAAGCUAACUAAACGGGAUAUUUAAUUUUUCUAUAUGGCUAAGAGAGUUCAUAGUUGCUUGAUUGAAUAUUCUACCAUAUUAUACUUUUAUUCGAAUUGACUUCGGAGCAAACAUUUGAGAAUCACUAUCUUUAAUUAAUUUUGUAAUUCUAUUUUGGCCAACUUGCUGGUUAUAAAAGCCGCCAUGUCUAGAUAUAGACUUCAAAUUGCAAGUUGUAUUACUUUUUGCUGAAGUUAGCUCACUUUAUUUAUUAAAUCUACGCAUAGCAAUUUAAUUUCUUCACGAAGCGUGUGUAAUCAAGUUUUUAUAUCAGCAAAAACUGUUACUUUAUUUAAUUUCACAAUUAUAAUGUCCUUAAAUUUUAAAAUUUUAUUUUGAAUUUCAGAAUGAAACGUUGCAAUAUUGUUUAAAAAGAUACUUAUUUAUGUUGGAUUUUAUCUCACACCCUUCUUACAAUUUAGCGGAUUCACUUGUUAGUAACAGUUCCACUGAUCAAGAGUCUCUUAGGAAGCCACGUUGCAAUAGCAACCAGAACUUAAAAGACAACUCAAUGUAUAACAACUCGUCUCAUUCUUCAGCCUUUGCUCCGUUCCAAGGUAACUCGGGGAGCGGUGGCAGCCGCAACAUAUGGGGCGGAGGAGGUGGUGGAGGAGGCAACUCUGGAGGCUCCUCGGGAGGUCACGGCAACGCAGGUGGCACCCCUCACAACUCAAAUUGGGGAGCUAAUGGAGGAUCUAACAUGGGCAGAGGAGGAAAUGGGCGACAAACGGCAGGUGGUUGGGAUCGCCCACGCAAUGGCAAUGGAUUCAGUCUUGCACCCGGUGUGAACUCGAGACCAAUAGGAGCAUGGGGCGACGCAGGAACACCCGCUGGCUCGAGCAACGGAGCCAGUGGCACAGCUCCCGGAUCUUCCAUUUACCCACAAACAGGUGGCACAACUGCCGCAUCGCAAUCCAAGGUCAAUCCAAGCAAUAUCUGGAACAUCCCGGGAGUGGGGAGUGAAGGUGGAGCCCCUCCAAACGAGAGAGAAAGUGCGGGAAGUGUCAGACCGAUUCCUUCAGCAACUCCUGCCUCGAAUAUUGUUGCAACUCCUGGAAGCGCGGGAGCCAGCUCGGACCCGCAAGGUGACUCGUUCACAAACAUCGGCAUAUGGGAACCAGAAGACAAGCAAGGAAAAGACAUGGAUUCGGACCCGAAAGGCACCAGACUAUGGGCUAUGUUCUUGCAAUCUAGAGGACAUGCAGAAGACAAAAACAUGGGAGGAAAAAUGAAGAUUCCCUCGUUCCAAAGUGUAGAGGAAAUGAGUGACAGUGAAAAACGAUUGCUGUUGGAAAGACUCAUUAACACUCACGAGGGCUGGGGAAAGAUAUCUGUCAGUCAAGAUGUACCUUGGGAUGAAACUAUGAACACAUUCAACAGAUCAGAAAGUAUUUCGUCGGACAAAACUCAUUCGGAUAAUCCGGAGUCACCGACUUCGCUGAGCGAUCCGACAAGCUUCCCGGCCAUGUCGAAGUCGGCAGGUAACAACUCGGUGUCUCUCGUCUCGCCUACCUCAAAAGCUGGAGACGGUUGGGGCUCACCGCAAGGUACGGAUAAUAUGAGAAGCGCUGUUGGAGGCAUGCACAGAAACAGCAGCAGUCAGAUGUUGGGAGGGCCUGGGGACGAGGCGGGAACCUCUGCCUGGAAGCAGCAGUCUUCUGGGGCACCUUGGCACUCGCCACAAGGGUACGACGCCAUGUCACAAGGUUCUCACUCUGUCGCACCUGGAGGCAACCAGUUCAACAGCCAACCAUCGCAAUCCAACCAAUCUACUCAACAAGCAAUCACAGGCCCAGUCUCAGUCAGUGUAGCCCCUCCACACCCCAACCAACAGCAACCAGGGCCGACCGGGGCCUCGCUGCCAUCCCCGAAUGCAUGGGACAAACCCCUCAAAUCCCCUGCGUCUGUCAUUGGAGGAGCACCGGGAUCGAACCAGCUCCCUGGUGGCGACAAAAGUGGAAAUGGUACUGGUGGUCAGGCUGGAAAUCAGAGCGGAAUGGGCGGAGGUGCUUCUUGGCCCCUGGAUACAGCUGCAGCGGCGGGAGAGAUAGCGGCUGCAAUAACUACAGUGCCGCUGCCAACUCUGCCAAGCUCGAGCAAUGCGGUUUGGACUAGCAAGUCGACAGACAUCGGAGGUGGCGACUCCUGGGACUCGCACUCAGUGAACCGAGGACUCUCCUCGGAUAUGUGGAACCUAGACAACUCAGACAAGGGAUCCCUCAUCUCGGAGAGCAUGCGGGGAGGAAAUGGAGGAGGAGGAUUGCAUCAGCACAGCCUCCACAGUUCAAGAGUUCCCUCCCCCAGUCCACUGGAUGCUGUCAGUGAUGAACUGUUCAAGGCCAACAUGCAGAAUUCUUCAAAUGCCAUGUCCAAACUGCCCAAGACACUUAGUGGCCAAAUGAUGGGUAAUCAGCAACAGUCUUCCGCUGGAUUAGGAGGUGCCAGCAUGGUCGCCUCCCAUCAGAGACCAACCAAUUUGGGUCCAAACAUGAGCGGGUUCCCCUCUUCCGACAGUCCGGGACCUUUGGAUUUUCCUAUUUCUGGUAUCCUAGACUCCAGUGACAACCAAAUGCAGAACAGUAUUUUUGGAAACAGUGCUAGUCACAACCCUGCUGGAAAAUACCAGCAGUCUUCUUUCAUGGGUGGCCAGACAGGAAGUGCACGUACAUCCGGAGCAGCGCCGGGUUCCUCAAUGAUUCCGGGAGGAAACACUGGAAGCAUGAUGAUGCAGCAACAGCAACAGGCGAAUGCUUUGAAACAGCAGCAGCAACAAAUGCAUCAUUUGGAACUGGCUUGCAAAGCUGGAUUGUUGCCUAGUAAUACCAACCUGAGAAUAUUUUCACUUGGUCUCGAGACUCGACAAACGGUGCACUAUAGAGACUGUCUUCAGAAGUAUGCGCAAACUAAGUUUGCCUAUCAGAAGCUGAGAGCACAACACCAGUUCAAAAGCAACCAGGUGCAACAGAAUCCCAGGAGUCAGUCAUUGCAAGCGGCAUACCACGAACACUUGCAGAGCAUGAAGAGCUACGAACACAAUCUGCUCGCUCUAGAGCAAAUCUGCAAUAAGUUAUUUAUGGACGUGCAAGCACAGGCUGCAAGCGCAAUGCAGAUGCACUCUCCUCAACAGCAGUCCUCUAAUAACACUUCGGCUAGUCUCAUCGGAGGAUCAGGCAUCACGGGACUGAUCGGUAGUGGGGGCAAUGGUGGAAGCUCCGGCAGCAGGUUGAACAAGUGGAUCGGAACACCAGACUCCGGCUCGAACCCGAGCAGCGCUUCUGCUAUGGAAGACAAUGUGUUUGACAUGACUAAUCCGAGCGUAUUUGGUGGAAUGCCGUUCGGAGGUGGAUACAAAGGCGGAGACAGUGGCUCGAAGAUUGUGCCCAGCAACAUACCAGAGUUCAUUCCUGGUCACCCAUGGACUGGUACUAAGGACUACGCCAACGAUCCAGAUGCCACUCCAGCUUCGGUCAACACCUGGCAAAGCGCCGUGAAUCAGAACGAUGUGAUGACAUUGCAAGAGAGCCUGAAAGCAAUGGCAGUUGGUGGUGGAAAUUCUCAAGGAGGAAUGGGAAAUUUCAUGAAAUCCCCUAACUGGAACAACCAGGGAAGCUCUGGUUUUGACAUGGGUGGAGCUUCGGACAUGUGGCGAGGUCAACCUAGAAUGACUCCGGGACCUGGUAGCUCCAGCAAGUCAUGGAAUGUUGGACCCUACGGAUCUCCUGGGCUCAGUGGUCAGGGAUCCAUUGGUGGGGGUCCUUCGGGAAACAGUGCAAAGUGGCAGCAAGGGAUCCGUGGUCAAGGUAUGUCCUCUACAGGGUACCAGAAUAGCUUCGGAAGUCAGUCUGGCAUGUCGUCUCAGAGACCCAACAUGCCACAUGGGUUCGGACCCGGAGGUUACAGGAGUGGAAGCAGUGGUCAUGGAAAUCAGAAUGUGAUGGGAUCUGGCUGGAACUACCCAGGCGGUAACUUGAUGGGAGGCGGAGGAGGAACCAGCGGUGGAUCCUUCGAUACCUCUUCCCUCGGCAUGAUGCCCUUCGGAUCCAUGGGGGGUCAAUCUGGUGACCACUCAUCCGGUGAUCAGGGUGGAAACGGAUCCGGUGCCAUGUAAUCGACUGAUCGUCGUCUAAAAAAGAUGCCACAAAGUAAAACUAAUUUGGACAGUUUUCACCUUCGAAACUAGCCAAUAAUCGAAACACAAUCAAGAGGUGCCAGCAAAUGAUUAUCCGUCGACUAGUUCUUCUAGUAUUGCUGCUGAUCGAAUGGAGCUAAUCUCUACUCGAUAGAAUCUACUAUCUCGAAACCGAAUCUUGUCCACUUUUUUUUUACUUUAAGUAACCGAAUUAUACGCUGGCUGUCGUUUUCACUGGACUUAAAAAGCUUGCUUACAUUUCCAAAAGCUCUCCAAUAUGAUCAGUAUUGCUAUAUUUAAAGCUGCAUUAGUCCGUCAAUUAUUUGAAAACAAAAUUAUUCACCUGAAAAUGGCAUUACAAGAUAGACCAUUUAUUCAAUUCAUGGUCAAACAUUCAUUACUUGUUAAUUGCAAUGUCAUCGGAGUCUUCUUUCAUCAUUAAAAAACUGAACUAUUAUAAAUCGUUUCGGUGACCUUGACCUUCAAAGAAAUUGGAUUGACUUACCUCACCAAUCCAGCCUUCCAUUUUAGACGCCAUCGUAAAUUUAUCAGUUAUUUUCUGGAUUGGUCCUGAACGCAGGCUAACCGAUGUUCCGGGUUUUUAUAAACAGUUGCCCGGGGACUUUUUUGGAAUCUAGAUGCGUGCUGUCCUUUUUUGAUACAAAGGAUAGUAUUUUUAUGUCUGUUGUUACUGUAGUAGUUGGUUUUCUUAUUGUAAUAUCAGUUCUAGACUUAUCAUUUAACAUUACAUUUUUAUUCUGCUAUGGUGCUUUAUCACUAGUUCCUAUCUUAACUGCUUGCUAAUUGGAGGAAACCUUUCGGCUUUCUUGCAAAUCGGCUUUCUUUCCAGUUCAAUCCUUCUGCUAUUCGAAGCCAAUGCAAAUCGACAACCCAACCAAGCCUUUAACACUUCAGCUCAGCAUUCUCAAGUGUCAAAGGCAAAGUGCAAUUUUCACAAAUGUGUCUUCCUAACUUCGCUAAAAUUUUCGGUUCAAUUUCCUUUGACAUAUUCUACUUCGACUUUUUGAACUAAUAAACGUGGAAGAGAAGAAAAUUUGUGCAUGUUUUAGCCACAAACAGCAGUGCUGUUCUAUCCGAGAAUUGUAUCUGGACUAAAUGGUUAAAUUCAAAUUGUCGGAUUUCAAGGUUAUGAGCCAAAAUUUUAUCAAAUCACUUCAAACGUUGCCCACAGUUUACAGUCAUCGUACAUUUUUUAAGCAGUUUUCAAUUUAAUUACUGCAAUUACAAUUAAUUUAUUUUCUAAAAAAAAUUUCAAAAAGAAAAAAAAGUAUAAAAUGUGAAAAACCAAAAUCUUUCCGUUCUUAGCUAUUAUAGAUGUUCCAAAAUUGCUAAACUUACUUUUAUUUUUGUAGAUUGAACUGUUACAUCUCGUUAAUUACGUGGCCUAAUUAGUUUUCGUUAUCAAUUUAAUAUCUCCUGGUUAACUGACUGAAUUGCAAUAUCUGUUACUUGAUACCGGUUGCUUAAAUGUCACUUACAACAUAAAUCCGACCAGAAUUAAAUAGUUGUGUAGCUUAUCGCGUAGUCAUCAAAUGCUAGUGAAAGUUCGCAGAAGAAAAUUUUUCGUGGCUCAACAAAAAAAUGAUUGACGUUGUCUUGUUCGAGGUGGACAUAUCGAAUACCGCUGUCAAAAUAAAUUUCAGGCAACCAAAAAAGAAUUUUCGGAAGCCGUGUACGAUGAUGAUAGAUCGAUAGUUCCCGAUUUAUAAAAAUGACACGGCAGAAAAUCCUUUUGAAAUGAAGCAGGAUUAGAAUUUUAUGCGAUAUUUUGCGAGCUACUUUCGAACAAAACUACAAAACGCUUUUCUUUCAAUUUUGCUCUUCGCUUUGUUGCCAUUUUGCUGCCUUUUAUUUGGUUUCUUCCCCGAAUUUUACCUUCUCCCCAUGUGGCCAAAUCAACCAUAAGUUGCCCAUUUCUCGUGCCCAAAAUUAACCCAAACAGCAAUUGACUAAACAUCCCUUCACGGAUCUAGAAGCAGUUCUCUCUGGAAAAUGACAUAAUUAUAUCAAACUGUCACGAAUAUCAACCUUUUUCGAAACUGUUGAAAGUUACCAAGUCAAAUUUCAUUUAGCUUCUUGCCUGAUAUAGUUUUUUCAAAACAAUGCUUAAAAAACGCACACUGAAACCUUUAACUGUACAUGCGUUGAUUUCAAAAAACAGUUUAUCACCUUGUUUAAAGCACGAUUCUUCAAAGGGUCUAAAAUAAAACUGGCCAUGGAUUUCUCUCAAUUCAAAGUAUUUUAUUCAACUUGAUUUUCAAUUUAUUAUGUUACAUUCCCUUUAUUAAGUUGUUAUGCAUUUGAUUACAUAACUUCGACGGCAUAUAGCGUUAAAUGUGGACAACAAUUUAUCCUCGACUUAAAGAUUCCAAUUAAUGAAAAACUUUAAUAACUUUUUAUUGCAAUAUUUCUAUUUACCUGCCAGACAAUGUUAAGCGUUUCCACUAUUAUCCUUAUCUCAACUAUCUUCCCCAAAGUUUACUUCCUUUUUCCAAAAAAAAACACGAAAUCAAAAAAAUAUUGAAAUAAUUAAAUGGUCUUCUGCAAUCCUUUCAGUGCAUCAUAAUCAUCAUCUUUUUUCAUCAGAUUGAAUUUAAUUUUCUCCUACUAAUUUAUUCUACUAGCUUCGAUUAUAACUCAGUUAUUCUCCGCAAUUUAUGAUUUGGCUUUCGAAAAUCAAAGAAAUGGGAUCCAGUACAUACGUUACAAUUGACGUUGUUUGACUGGUUAAAAGCGUGUCUCCGAGCGACAAGUUAAUUUAUCAGAAACUUAUUUCAUCCGUUCGAUUGUCUUACCUUCUGACCCCAAAAGAAAGGUGCACCAAUUGUGCUAACUCCAUAAAUCCAUCUUAAGAUGCAGUAUCAGUUACUACAAUGCCAAACAAACACGAAUCAACCGAAAAUAGAUAUCCUAUCUGUUUUAAAUUACGGAACAAGUAAAUCACAAACGUCUUCUUUUGCAAGUCUCCUCAAAGUUGAAAAUUCCUAAUUUAGUCUCAAAUUUGAAAUUCUAAUUAAAAUUGUCCCCACAAAUCUUAAGUGCAAUCUUCCACAUUGAGGCCGAGAAUCUUAUCAACUCAACUGAGCCUUUCCAAAAUCAACUUCCAAGAUUCCAACUAUGUCCAAUGCUCAACCAGCAACGAUUACUUGGUAAUGAUUGUUGACAAUAAAGGUUUUCUCAAGUUUAAAUUUCUUUGAGGGUGCGACGUUAUCAUUUCGCCUCGCGCUUAUCAGUAAUUUCUGCGUUGUGAGCUCAUCUGCUAAAAGGUCAUUGGAAUAAAUCAUCAGAAUAACUCGCUCUUUUUUUGUCUCUCGGUACAACACACUUAUCACACAGAGCUGCCUUGUAACAACAACCAAACAAAGUGCAAACAAACACAACCAACCUACCAAAUCUUCUCAAUCCAUCCGUCAGCCAAUCACAGACUCUUACCUUAUCAGAACUCUUCUUACCAAACAAAGAUACCGCACGUUGGCUCAAACACACUUUCGUCCAAUUGAUACAUUCGACAUAGAAAUAUCUUUCCUAUCUACCCUUGAAGCGUAGUGAUUGACAUUUGGAAUUGGAUCGGACAGGAAAGACUCUGCUUAAAUGUCGAAAUCAAUCACGUUCCCCUAGGAGUGAAGAAAAUCUGAAGCAUGUGAUAUCUUCAAAGAAGCCAUCGUUAAUCAAAACUUGAAAAAAAACUUCAAACUUAAUUAAGUGUCAAAUUUUGACUCACUGCAAAUUAUGAAGCAAAUACCAGGAUUUCAUUAUUCUUCGGUUGCUUUCAAAAACUUUAUCAUUUAGCUUAACUAACUCUUAAUUGCUAAGAUUCGAGUCAAAAACAUGAUUUACGCGUUUGAAUAGAGCUCGGUUGAUUUUUCCUGAAAUUCCUGCCGAUGAUUUUGACUGAAUCUGUGUGAGUUUAAUGUUAGAUUUUUAUAUAGCCGUAGUAGCCUUUUGUUGUUAAUUCUAUUUUGAUACUUACUAGCCAUGUCAAUAAUUAUCACAGAGUAUUCUAUUCUAGUCUAAUCUUAUGUUAAAUGUAGUAUGUCGAUAUCGAUGAGCGUUGCAAUGCUGAGUUUUGUUUUCAAUGGUGCUUCUUCCUGUAACUAACAAUACUACCCAAUGUUAGACCUACAACCUUGAGUUGGAGUUACUGAAAAAGUCUAAAGGAUCAAGUUACCAAUAAAAUACAGAAAAUUGUUUGAUUUUUUUUGCUUUUUUCGUCUGAAUGAUAGUAGUGAUGAUGUAAACGCAAACACGAAAGCCGCUGAUGGGGAAAAAUAACCAUUCAUUGCAAGGUCAAUGCCCAAAAUUGUACUGAAUUUCUGAUUUUUCAAAAAUAAGAAGACAAAAAGAUAGUAUUUUUUAUCUUUGGGUUUGCGUUUUCUGUCUCAGGUUCACUCAAUUCGAAUCAGGGAUUUAUUCCGUUAUACGACCCAAAUCUGGAAACAUGGGCCCACCGAAGCUUUUUGGUUUUGAUUAAUUUCAGCCAAUCAGAUUCAAUCAGUUUGAUCAAGUAUUAAAAUAUGAUAACUUACAACAAAAACAAAUUUUGGGCCCAAUAAAGGAAUAGAUCAUAAUCAAUAUUUUGAGCAGUGCUGAACUGUAAGUGUAUCACCAUGCCUUGAACUCUCUUGUCGCUAACUCCUGUCAAAUUAUACUCCGCUGCGGCUUCAAACCAAAUAAGUUCCAUCAUAAUUGCCUUUAGUUUUAUAGUAAAUUAUAAUUACUACUCCCAACAAAGCAUAUUAAUGAACUGUAAUCUACUUGGUAUUUGGAGACAUUUGGUUAUAAAAAUAUAACAAUCUUCUUUUGGCGCUGUGAAAAUCGAAUUGUUGUUUCAACUAAGUUAGUGAUCGCUUGAACAAGUGUGUAUGCUAAAUGAACCAUUCUGCCUAGUGAAAGGCCAAAGGCCUCAACAAUGUAUCGAGACCUUCAUCGCCUUGAAUGUCUUCUAUUCACUUCUUAAGCUAUCUUUCCAUUAUCAUCAGAAUUGUUUCCCGAAUCAGUUUUGCUAAGCAAGAUAGUAGUGUAUUGGGAUCAAUUGAGCAAUCUCCCCCCCGUAAUGACCAAUUGAGCUAUCU